UUGGUUAUUUUAACUUUGGCACUUAAACAGUCAGAAGCUCCAGACACCGUGACCAGAAAAAUGUGCCCGCCGCUUUUCAGUUUGAGGAUGUAGGCUGCUGCCUUUUUAAAUGCACUGGGUUCGGAAGUUGUUUAACUCAUUCUCACUGUGAUGUUAUCCGGUGGAGCACAUAUCUGCUAUCAGCAGAAUGAGCUUCUGCAUUUCCAGAGGAAAGCUUUCAGGGAGUUCUCUUUUGAAUGCUCUGAAGCUGAGGGUUUAUGUUGCAAGUUGUUCAUGCUCUUUCUUUAGAGGACAAAUCUGAGUGUGUGGUAUGAGCAAGGAAUGAAUGGACGUUGGGGGCUGGAGUAGCAUCGUACUCCUAAGGCUAUUUCUUCUUUUGUGGCUGCCUUUAAAGUGGCUAAGAUAGGUAUGAAUUGAUUUUCACACUAAGGGAUUUUAGGCUGAAUGUUUUUCAGAGGCAGGAAUGGCAAAAACAGCUGACAGGUUAGAAAUUUGACAUUGUAACUGCAGAAGGACAGAAGAGCCAGGAAGCAUCCAGUUCAGAAGGGGCAUGCAGAUGCCUGGACCUCGACUCUCAGACCCUGGGCUGGCUGGCUGGCUUUUGUGUGAGUGCAGCAGCACUCAUUCAGCAAAUCUUUACUGAGUUUGGGUACUGGGUGUACGGGAGUGAGCAAAAUGGAACCAGUCUGUUGUGGAUCUUCUACCUAAUGCUGGAGAUGUAGGUGAAACAGUCCCAGGAAAUAAACCUCAGAUUACAAACAAUAAGUGUGCCUGGAGGAAGAACAGAAGACAAGGGACUGCUGUUUUGAUGGAGAAGGGGUGGGGGAUGGGGGGGAGUGGUCAGGGAGUUUGAGAAAAUUAUACUUUGCUGAAAACUGAAAGAGCAGUAAGAAUGAGUCAGGUGAAGAAUGGGGUGAAGAACAUUCCAGGCAAAGGGGAUGAUGUAUACAAAGGUCCUCAAGCAAGACAGAGUCUGCCAAGUGUCCAGAUUGAGAGAGAGCCCAUUGUGGCUGAGCACAGUGAUGGCAGGCAGAGGUGGGCAGAUGCCGGAUCACGCAGGACAGCGAAGGCCACCUCCCAGAUAAACCACCACAGUGCUGCUAGUAAUGAAACCUACCAGGAACGCUUGGCACGUCUAGAAGGGGAUAAGGAGUCCCUCAUAUUGCAGGUGAGUGUCCUCACAGACCAAGUAGAAGCCCAGGGAGAGAAGAUUCGAGACCUGGAAGUGUGUCUGGAAGGACACCAGGUGAAACUCAAUGCUGCUGAAGAGAUGCUUCAACAGGAGCUGCUAAGCCGCACAUCUCUUGAGACCCAGAAGCUUGAUCUGAUGACUGAAGUGUCUGAGCUGAAGCUCAAGCUUGUUGGCAUGGAGAAGGAGCAGAGAGAGCAGGAGGAGAAGCAGAGAAAAGCAGAGGAGUUACUGCAAGAGCUCAGGCACCUCAAAAUCAAAGUGGAAGAGUUGGAAAAUGAACGGAAUCAGUAUGAAUGGAAGCUAAAGGCCACUAAGGCUGAAGUCGCCCAGCUGCAAGAACAGGUGGCCCUGAAAGAUGCAGAAAUUGAGCGUCUGCACAGCCAGCUCUCCCGGACAGCAGCUCUCCACAGUGACCACACAGAGAGAGACCAAGAAAUUCAACGUCUGAAAAUGGGAAUGGAAACUUUGCUGCUUGCCAAUGAAGAUAAGGACCGUCGGAUAGAGGAGCUUACGGGGCUGUUAAACCAGUACCGGAAGGUAAAGGAGAUUGUGGUGGUCACUCAAGGGCCUUCGGAGAGAACUCUCUCAAUCAAUGAAGAAGAACUGGAGGGAGGUUUCAGAAAGUGGAACACUACAAAUAAGGGCCCUGAAGAAUUAUUUAAACAAGAGAUGCCUCCGAGAUGUAGCUCUCCUACAGUGGGGCCACCUCCAUUGCCACAGAAAUCACUGGAAACCAGGGCUCAGAAAAAGCUCUCUUGUAGUCUAGAAGACUUGAGAAGUGAAUCUAUGGAUAAGUAUAUGGAUGGGAACCAGCCCUUCCCGGUGGUAGAACCCAAGGGCAGCCCUUUCUUGGCGGAGCACAAAUAUCCCACUUUACCUGGGAAGCUUUCAGGAGCCACGCCCAAUGGAGAGGCUGCCAAAUCUCCUCCCACUGUCUGCCAGCCUGACGCCACGGGGAGCAGCCUGCUGAGGCUGAGAGACACAGAAAGUGGCUGGGAUGACACUGCUGUGGUCAAUGACCUCUCAUCCACAUCAUCGGGCACUGAAUCAGGUCCUCAGUCUCCUCUGACACCAGAUGGUAAACGGAAUCCCAAAGGCAUUAAGAAGUUCUGGGGAAAAAUCCGAAGAACUCAGUCAGGAAAUUUCAACACUGACACGCUGGGGAUGGCAGAGUUUCGACGAGGUGGGCUCCGGGCGACCGCAGGGCCAAGACUCUCUAGGACCAGGGACUCCAAGGGACAGAAAAGUGACGCCAAUGCCCCCUUUGCCCAGUGGAGCACAGAGCGUGUGUGUGCGUGGCUGGAGGACUUUGGCCUGGCUCAGUAUGUGAUCUUUGCCAGGCAGUGGGUAUCUUCUGGCCACACUUUAUUGACAGCCACCCCUCAGGACAUGGAAAAGGAGCUAGGAAUUAAGCACCCUCUCCACAGGAAGAAGCUUAUUUUAGCAGUGAAAGCCAUCAACACCAAACAGGAGGAGAAAUCUGCACUGCUAGACCACAUUUGGGUGACACGGUGGCUUGAUGAUAUUGGCUUACCCCAGUACAAAGACCAGUUUCAUGAAUCUAGAGUUGACGGACGAAUGCUGCAAUACCUAACUGUGAAUGAUUUACUCUUCUUAAAAGUCACCAGCCAACUACAUCAUCUCAGCAUCAAAUGUGCCAUUCACGUGCUGCAUGUCAACAAGUUCAACCCCCACUGCCUGCACCGGCGGCCAGCUGAUGAGAGUAACCUUUCUCCUUCAGAAGUUGUACAGUGGUCCAACCACAGAGUGAUGGAGUGGUUGCGAUCUGUGGACCUGGCAGAGUAUGCACCCAAUCUUCGAGGGAGUGGAGUCCAUGGAGGCCUCAUUAUCCUGGAGCCGCGCUUCACUGGGGACACCCUGGCUAUGCUUCUCAAUAUCCCCCCACAAAAGACGCUCCUCAGGCGCCACCUGACCACCAAGUUCAAUGCCCUGAUUGGUCCAGAGGCUGAACAGGAAAAGCGAGAGAAGAUGGCCUCACCAGCUUACACACCACUGACCACCACAGCCAAAGUCCGGCCAAGGAAACUAGGAUUUUCACACUUUGGAAACAUAAGAAAAAAGAAGUUCGAUGAAUCGACGGACUACAUUUGCCCAGUGGAGCCUAGUGACGGUGUCAGUGACAGUCACAGGGUCUACAGUGGCUACCGGGGCCUCAGCCCCCUUGAUGCCCCUGAACUGGAUGGGCUGGACCAGGUGGGACAGAUUAGCUGAUGCCCUUGUCACCUGCCCUCUGUGUACCGUGAGAGCUCACAGUAACACUGUGUCAUCAUAUAACUGCACCUCACCCCUGCACAUGUGCAUGACUCGCAGAGAACAUUCCAGCAAGUGUGUACCCCUGGGCCAGUCUCUCUUUGAACUCUGAGGGUGGCCAGGAUCUGGAGCUGCAUCUCUAAGGGGCCAGGCUUUGGGGACCAUUGUCAAAUGUGGACUCAGGAGGAAAGACACUUAAAGACACCUUUACAUUUCUAGUAAGUCUUGAUGUUCAUCUUCAGCACCAGUGGAAACACAUGAACUUCGAUGCAGGUCCAGAGACCAUGGACACUCCCACAAGGCUCAGCUCUCAGGCACCCUCUGUGCUUCAGUUGAGGGAAAAGCUCAAGUGCCUUAGGCCCGUGGGCCACAGUCUUGGCUGAAAUCAAAGGGAUGAGCAACAGGGACUUCUGCCACAGUGACAGUGGAAUUGUGUUGUGCCUUACUUCAGAGGUGGUCUCUUCUUUCUUGUAAUAAAAGCAAUAUUUAUGUGGAAAGCAA